UUAUUGCCUUGCAAUUUCAACAGAUUGUGUGUUUUGUUAACUGACUUGUUAGACCAUCUAUAAUUUUCUGCUUUAGUACUUAUGCUGUACCUACCUUCACCUCUGUCCCCCAGUCCAAGCAUUCACUUGCCAUGUGUUGGCACUGAAAGGCCCCCACAGCUGUGAAUACAGUGGAUCCCCGGUUUACGAUCACCUCCCAAUGCGACCAAUUCUGCUACAUAACUUCAAGCUCUGCCUGUGUCAAGAAAUAAUGAGUUACAGCGUCCAUGUCUUACAUGAUGGCUACUCAAGAAUGGAAGAUGGGAUGAUGAAAGCUAACUGCACCUGUACUCUUGUUAAAGGCCCAAAUAAUUUGAUUGUUGACACCAUGACAGCCUGGGAUAAGGAAAAGAUAAUCUCAGGUCUUCAGUCCUAUGGAAUAACCUGUGAUGAAAUAAAUUAUGCGAUCGGAACUCACGGACAUUCCGACCAUCUUGGAAACCUUAAUCUGUUUACCAACGCUAAACAUGUUGUUGGCUUUACAGUUUCACACAGAGACAACUUCUUCAUCCAUCCCUUCGAGACAGGAGAGGCAUUUAAGAUAGACGAGAGCGUGGAAGUGAUCCCCACUCCCGGCCACACUUCCAACGAUGUUAGUGUUGUGGUCAAGACUCAGCACCUCACAACAGUUAUUGCAGGUGACCUUUUUGAAAGAGAGGAGGAUAUUACAGAUCCAUCACUUUGGAAAUAUGUUGCAGGAAGUGAGAAUGCAGAAUUACAGGAAAAGCACCGUAAUAAGGUACUUCUUUUGGCAGAUUACAUUAUUCCAGGCCAUGGUCCUAUGUUUAAGGUCACCAAAGGUAUGAAAGAAGCAGCCAAAGCAUCAUCAAUUACUGUUAAGUAAUUAAAAUGCUGUGAAAUAUUCCCAUGUAUAUUCCUACUAAGUAUUCACUGUAGAAAGAUAAUUCUUAGUCUCUCUGAAAAACUGCCUCACAUUAUCAUGUCUCAGUUAUUGAAAGGAUCAACUUUGCCAGUGACAGUGGAAAAACAAAGUUGGAGAUGCAUUGGGACCUAUCCAAUAAGUCUCCAUUUGAAUCCACACACAAUUGAAACUGGACCUUCAAGCCAGAAAAAUAAUAUAGACCAAGAGUUGGAGUUUACCCCCCAUACACAAAUGGAUAAUGUGAGGUGGUUCACAAUGACUUAUUUCCAUAGAUUUAUUAUAUACUUUUGAGAUCAACAAAAGAAAAAACACCUUUUCAUAAAUGCUUUAUUUACUUCACUAUUUUGAUACAAAAUAUAUAAUUGAUAUAAUUACAGUUACAAGAUGCACCUGUACUGACCACUCUUAUAACAGACAACAAUCUCUCUUCUGGGUAACCAAAUUAAAACUCGUACAAGUAUUUUGUCAGCAAACAAUAAUUGCCACAGAACAUGAAACACACCAAUUAUGGCAUGAUACAAAAAUAAAUGUACUGCAUAAAAGAUGGAUAAGAUUUGCAUGUGUCAAUCACAAUCCAAGCACUACCACCCAACUGUCGAGUUAUAUCAAAAUAACUCGUCCACAGAAAUGUUUACUCAGUAAUAAAAAAAAAAAAACUCGUUCUACAUUAUUAGAUCUGUAAUAAACUUUUGGAAGACAUGAUGUUUAAUGAUCUCUAUCUAAGCGAG